GGAGAUGGCCAAGCAAGAUCAAGCUGCAGCUGAGCACGGACCAUACACUGCGGGAGAUACUACAUUAGACGCACGUUUAACCGGCACUGCAAUCGACCACAGAGGGAGAAAUCACCGCAAGUCAAGAUGUCUAAAGACAAGAAAUCAGGAUUGGACGAAAGCGAUCGGAUCCUAGCUGAGAAGGUCUUUGCCCACGAUGCCAAGGAUGAAGAUCAACGAGAUGAGAUCUCUCCAUUUGGAAUACCAGAGGAUUGCCCAAUCGGACACAUUGAGAUGCAGGACAACCUAAUUGACAGAAAGACAAAGGAAUCCAUAGAGAAGAGGAAGAAGCUAACAAUGAAAUCAAAGGUGAUUGAAUCAUCAAUGAAAAUGGUCCAUGUGGCUGAGGUAAUGCAGCCAUCGCCGAACCUGAUGAUGGAGCCAUCAUACGCUGAUGUACCCGAUUUCCAGAGAGUCUCUAUCACUGGAGACUAUGCAUCAGGGGUAACCAUGGAUGAUUUUGAAGUUGCCUGCAAGGGUCUGUAUCGAGCUUUGACCAUCCGGGAAAAAUACAUGCGGCUCUCUGUUCAGAGGUUCUUCAGGACCACGUCCCGCUUCUUGCGAACCAUGGAGCACGAACAGUGGAAAGACAAGGAUGAAGUACAUCCAGUGUAUACUCCACUGAUAAAGGCGGGAGAUGACCCCUUUAAUCCCAAGGGUCUGCCUGAGAAUCUUGGCUACGUGUGUAAGAUGAAAGACGGUAUGAUUUACAUUUACGCCAACAAUGAAUCAAUCAAGAACAAUGAACCCAAAGACCUGCCUUACCUGGACGUGCCCGGCUUCAUAGACGACAUGAAUUUUCUCAUCGCACUCAUCGCUCAGGGGCCUGUAAAGACGUACACUCACCGGCGUUUAAAGUUUCUUAAUUCGAAGUUUAAUCUGCAUGAGAUGCUGAACGACAUGGAAGAGAUUAAGGAACUGAAGAUCAAUCCUCAUCGAGAUUUCUACAAUGUCAGAAAGGUUGACACCCACAUCCAUGCGGCAGCCUGCAUGAAUCAGAAGCACCUGCUGCGCUUUAUAAAGAAGACUUCGAUGCUGGAUUCAGAUCGUGUGGUCUGCAGCACCAAGGAAGAGAAGCUAACUCUGAAAGAGCUCUUCACCAAGUUGAAGUUGAACGCCUAUGACUUAACCGUUGAUUCCUUGGACGUGCAUGCUGGGCGUCAGACUUUCCAACGUUUUGACAAGUUCAAUGCCAAGUACAAUCCAAUGGGCGCCAGUGAACUCCGAGAUCUGUACCUGAAAACAGAGAACGCCAUAGAAGGAGAAUACUUUGCUCAUAUCAUCAAGGAGGUUGCGUCGGACUUUGAAGACGCCAAGUACCAGUACGCCGAGCCUCGCUUGUCCAUUUAUGGGCGGUCGCCGGAUGAGUGGUCAAAGCUGGCCACGUGGUUUAUCAAGCACAGGGUCAUCUCUCCCUACAUGAAGUGGAUGAUUCAGAUCCCCAGAAUCUACGAUAUAUUCAGGGCUCAGAACGUCAUCCCACACUUUGGGAAAAUGCUUGAAAACAUCUUCCUACCACUCUUUGAAGCCACGGUGAACCCUCAAAAUAACAUCAAGCUCAGCAUUUUCCUCAAACAUAUCACGGCCUUUGACAGCGUGGAUGAUGAGUCCAAACACAGUGGACAUAUGUUCUGCACAAAGAGCCCAAAACCCGAGGAAUGGAACGUCCCGAAGAACCCUUCGUACUCCUACUACCUCUGUUACAUGUAUGCUAACAUCAUGGUCCUGAACAACCUGAGGAGGGAGAGAGGGCUGAACACCUUUAUGUUUCGGCCGCACUGUGGAGAAGCUGGGGCAGUGACACACUUACUAGCAGCUUUUAUGACCGCGGACAACAUCUCACAUGGACUUAACCUGAAGAAGAGUCCAGUGCUGCAGUACCUGUACUUUCUGACUCAGAUCCCCAUCGCAAUGUCUCCUCUCAGCAACAACAGCCUUUUCCUGGAGUACGCCAAGAACCCGCUUCCUGAGUAUCUGAAGAAAGGCUUGAUGGUCUCGCUCUCCACCGACGAUCCCAUGCAGUUCCACUACACCAAGGAGCCCCUGAUGGAGGAAUAUGCUAUUGCAGCACAAGUCUUCAAGCUGACUACCUGUGACAUGUGUGAAAUAGCCCGGAACAGUGUCCUGCAGAGCAGCCUCUCCAAGGAGGAGAAAGCCGAAUUCCUUGGCCCGGAUUACCACAAGGAAGGCCCGGCGGGGAACUGCAUCCAAAAGACGAACGUGGCUCAGAUACGGAUGGCUUACCGCUACGAAACACUCACCUACGAACUGAACCUGAUCAAGGAGGGACUGCAGGGCCUGGAAUGAGAGGACUGUCUACCGUAGCAGCAACGUGAAUGAGUCUGUCGUGGGCCCUCGUUGAUGCUCGUGCAGCACGCUGCCUGUCCCGCUGAGUUACUCCAGCUUUUUGUGUCCAUCGCCUGUAGUUUUAGUGGUUCGGAGGCAGGAUAAAUGGUUUGUGAUUGCCGCAAAAUGCCGCAGGUACCCGCCACAGUCCGCUGCUUAGCCUUUCAAUGACAAUAGGCGUAUAAUGGGAGGCAGGAAUCCUGACAACUCAUCGAUUCUCAGCUUCCACUGCAGAUGAGGAAUACAGUAAACCCUGGCGAUGUAUGUUUUUUUUAAAUUCAAAAAAUGAAUUGAAUUAUUAAAAAAUAAUAUUUACACUACAAUAAAACAAUCCAGAACCCACCACCAUAAUACAAUACAAACAUAUAUCCAUAAUAAACUCCAAUACAACUAUGUUACAAUCCUUAUUGAGGAUACAUUCAACACCCAGCGGAGCCCAGCGGUCCCGGAACUCCCUCAGGGUGCCCGUGGACAGGGGGCGAUGUAUGUUGGGAGGAACUGCAGAUGCUGGUUUAUAUGCCAUUGAUAUGUUUUUGCUGUUAUUGCGCAAACGUUCGGUCGUCAGUAAAAUAGUUGACUUGCGCUACUUAUAUUUUUAGUCCAAUUUUUUAAAAGGAUUGUUUACAGAAUGGUUCUGAACCCCCUCCAUUGUUUGAUUUGACACCUCUUUUCUUUCCCUAUCUGUCUUCCGUCUCCUUAGACAGUCCCUCAGGAUCAAUGGGGAGUGAAUGAAUGAAUGAAUGAAUGAAUGAAUGAAUGAAUGCUGUAUUGUCACGUGUGACGUCACAGUGACUUUCUUUGCUCGAAAGGUAUGCAAGUAGUCGCUACAUAAAGGCCACAUAAACUGAGAAAGUUUUUUUAAAAUAUUUUUAUUAGAAGUAAUGUACUAUAAUAUAAGACAAGAAUAACAUAUUACAUUUCAUGUAUAACUUAUUUUAAAUUUAAUAGUAAAAUAGAAGAGUAAGAAAAGCAAGAAAUAAAGAGAAAGAGAAUAUUAUAUAGCUCGAAAAAGAAAACAAAAAGGUGAUGUGAAAUAUGAAAAAAAUUAUAGAGAUAUACCUACUUCGUAUCUUUACCCACCUCUCACCCGGUUCUGAAACAAUUAAUUUCUAAGGUUGCGUUGCACCACAUGCUUGUAAUAAGUCGAUAAAUGGAGACCAAAUCUUUAAGAAUUGGUCCAAUUUGCCUGAUAGGACAAAUCUCAUACCUUCAAGAUGUAACAUUUCCGACAUGUUUGAAAUCCACAUUUUGAGCGUUGGUGUGGGUGCAUUUUUCCAGAAUUUAAGUAUAAGUUUUUUUGCCGUUAUUAAGCCAUAAUUAAGUAAGCAUUUUUGAAACUAAACUGAGAAAGUUGACAAAGACACUGUAACAUGUUGUGCAGCCAUUGCUUUGACAGAAUAAAUUCUUUACAUG